AUGAAACGCGACUCGAAACGGCAGCCCAAGAAAGGGGCCGGCCACGGGCCGCCAGCUCCGGGAAAGCCGCCUGUUUUCGCGCCCGACAUGCACGGCCGGCGGUACUGGCUGGUGAAGAGCGAGCCGAUGCCGCGUAUCGACGCCAAGACAGGCAAGACGGUCCAGUUUUCGAUCGCCGACCUGGCCAGCGUCGAGAGCGAGCCGUGGGACGGCUUCGACCCGCGGUCGCCCUACUACGACGCCAAGGCGACAAGAGACCAGCCCCGGUGGUGGUGUCCUGCAGUGACGUUUGUGUGCGUGCUCAACAGAAAGUUGAGUCUUGCGGAGCUGCGCGCGGCCAAGGGUCUCGAGGACAUGUAUCUGCUGAAACGCGGCCGUCUGAGCGUGACUCCUGUGAGCGAGAAGCAUUUCUGGCGUCUCAUGGAGCUGCAGCAGGGCGACGCCGGCGACGACGCAGAGAUGGACUGCGAAACCCAGGGCCUGCCUCGCUACGACAGCAAACUGAUCAUAUAA